CAUCACUCGCAGCAUCCUCACCCUCGUUGGCUCCAGCCUCCAGCUCAUUGACCGCUGACUGACGUUGGCCGCGAUACCCAACACAGCCCUUGGGCAGCACAGAAGAGCAUAGCACAGCACCGCUAGCCACUCUUGCAGCUUGCACCACUACCCUCUGUAAGUGGCACCUGCUCACCGCGCUCCCUGAAUGCGAAAAGCUGACACGCGCGCAGCCACCACAGCGACCGUCACCCAGAGACAACAUGUCCGCCAACACCUCGAACCACGCCACCGCCGACAAGGGCAAGGGCAAGGCCCCACGCAGCCCGCCGCCGGGCGUCGUCUUUCCACUGCAGCCACGCAGCCGUGUCCCGAGCGGAGAGAGCACCUCCACUGCUCGUCCAGCUCAGUCAAAUGGCGGCAGCGGCGCCGCCGUGGCGGACCCGUUCACCUCAGCUGGCCUCGCCGCCCGCUUGAACAGCAUCACGCUCAGCGGCGAUUCUCCCAAGUUCGAGCCAGGCAACGUACUCAUCAAGCACCUGCUCAGCGGCAGCACCCCAGACGAGGCAGCCGAGGCGCCAUCUUCUGCCCCAGGUCCAGCCAUCGUCGCCUCGGCAAAGGGCAAGGGCAAGCAACCAGCCAAGGCCGUCGGUCCUCCCCCAGUCGGCACCAUCCCUCGCAAGGUCCACUUCACCACCGACGUGGGCCCCGUCGGGGCUUGUCGCUACCUCAAGGUCGUCAAGAUCGAGGACCGAGCUGACUUCGAUCGCGGUAUCGCUGCCCUGAGUGCUGAUUUCCAAUUCCACCUCGAGGAGCACGUCUACGACCUCAAGAUCUCCGAGCCAAGCAACAUGUGCGCAACCUUCACUGCUUGGUUGGUCUUCAACGAUCUUGGAUCCACACCUGCCUUUCAGAGCCUCUUGGAUAUCGUUCGGCCGAAGUGGAAGUAUGAGUGGGUCAGCCACAGCGCCUACGAUGGCGCAGUCGGAUACCGCAUCUACGCCAACAGCACCCAAGCCUACCAUUACGACGGCCAAUUCGUGUUCGUCUGCCGACCGAUCGCGCCCACCACCGCUGCGGGCCUCGACGAGCUUGAGUCCGGCAUCACGCAGCUGGCCUUCGACCACGGCAGAGUCUUCGCCAGCAAGGACCUUCCAUGGCAGCGUUCCAUGGACUGGCAAUACCGCUUCGAGCUGACUCGUAUCACCGACGCUCACGAGGUCCUUAAGAAGAUCAAUUUCAUGAACCCUCACCACUUCAGCCAAUUCGCAGUGACUGCUCAGCCGUACGGCGACAAUCUGAGCCUCAGCACAGAUAACGAUCACCUUCUCCACGUCACCUGCAGCCCAACUGGCCGCACUGCUUGGUCCACCGGCAGCAACGGUGCACCUCGUCCAUGCACACCACCAAUCGUCGUGCCAAAGGUGCCGGAGCCUUACUGUUACCGCGACCGCUACGAGAUCGACAGCGCCAACUCAUACCAACAGGCUGACCCAUUCGUGUCUUCCUCGAUGGCUCAAGCCGGCCCGAGCACCCACCCCAACCAAGGCGGCUUGUAUCGCCCACCGCAGCGUCGUGGAGACUCCGCUCCCAAUGGCCAGCCACUGCGCAACCGCCAGCUUGGCCGUCGCGACGAUACUGCUGGUGAGGGCUCUGAGUCUCAGGCAGUUGUUCUCGACCGUAUCGUCAGCGGCCAGGACGUUCGCACCACCCUCAUGAUGCGCAACAUUCCAAACAGCUGGACCUUCCGUGAGCUGAAGCGUCGCGUCGACCAAGUUGCCAAGGAUCAGUACGACUUCUCGUACUUGCGCAUCGACUUUGAGAAGAACACCAACGUCGGCUACGGCUUCAUCAACUUCAUCAGCCCAUCUGCCACGGCCCAGUUCGUCGAGAACAUCCAAGGCACCGAGUGGUCGCCAGACUCGCACCCGCGCAAGAACGUGCAGUUGUCGUAUGCUGCUGUGCAAGGUAUCGAUUGCAUCAUCGACAAAUUCCGCAACUCGUCGAUCAUGUCGGAAUUCCCGGACUAUCGCCCAAAGUUGUGGUAUACUCCAUUCGACGCUCCUCACCCUGCUGCUGUCGGCACUGAGAAGCCAUUCCCACCGUCGAACAACAUCACCAAGAACCAGCGCUCGCGCGAUAAUGCGAGCAGCAUUGGCCUGUUCCCGCCACAGCACCGGCGUCAGUACGGUGACCGCUCCCGCCGCUCCCAGUAUGAUCGCGGCACCCAACACCAAAUGACUGAGGAGGCUCUGUACUCAGCUCCGGCUUACGGCUACGACAACUACACUGCCGCUCCAAGCCAGCAGUACCUUCAGCCACCAAUGCCGAUGGCACAACACCCAGCUUUCAUGCAAUACAUGCCAACUUAUGGUCCGGCCCCUUACGUCUACAACCCGGCGCCAUACUACCCACCUCAGCCGAUGCAGUUCGGCGGGCAUUACAUGCUGCCACCGGCACCUCAAGGCUGGCCACACCCGCCGCCACCACAGGCCUUCGGCACUGCCUACGCAGGCAACCCACAGCAAGUCCCACGCGUCAUCGUUGGCGGCUACCAGCAGGUUCCACCACCUGCCACCAACCAGGGCACCGUGGCUGAGGCCGAGACCGAGGAGGUCGAGGCAAGCAACCAGUAAAGGCAGCACUUCUCUGACCUUUUGUCCGCACACAUGCGUCUGCGACUUUCUGUUCACGCACACGCGUCUCUGAUUUUCUGUUCGCGCACACGCAGCUGGGAUGACACGCUCAGCGGCGGCCAAUGCUGCCGAGUGAAAGAGCUUUUAAGUAGACAUCCGUAAUAAUGGCAUCCACUUGACCUUCGCUUCAUGUGCACUCCAGUCUCUACUUCUCUUCAUGCGACCUCGCUGUCCAUUGCUUGAUCGUUUCGAGUCAUGCACUGUCGCUGUCACAGAGUCUGCCGAGAAUGGUGGAGCGCCUCCAGGUCUUGAGCCACCUCGUUGCCGUCGAUGGUACGGACGGGUGGAGAUCUCGAGUCGUCUUGGUGGAGUCUUGUUGAGCCAAACCACUAUCUCUGCGAAUGAGCAAUGCCCCAAUGCCAAUACUGCUCUCGAUUACUGGCGUUUUGAUUUGUCCGCAUUCCAGAGCCAGUGCCGACAAGGCCCUCCUUCCAUGGGUAAGAGCUACUGCAAUGGCAACACUGUUCCAUUUUGCUCCCGUUUUUGGUUGAUGCUGGCUUUGGAGUCAGUUUUGGAAUUACCAGUGCUUCUGUUGAUUCGAGGUGGUACAAUGGUAACACUGCUCCAGAUUGCUCGCAUUUUGGUCGAUCACGGCCUGAGAGUUAGAAAUGGGCUUGGCUAUUGCUUCUGUGGGUGAGGAUCCGCCUAUGCUAAUGCUGCUCCAGAUUUUCGGGACGAUGUUUGGUACCAGUUUCGGAGUGAGUAGUGCACC